AUGCCGGGCCCGGGUGUCUUUCUCGUAGACUAUUUCCCGUGGGCUGGUUUCCUCUGGCGGCGUGGGCAGGGCUCGCCACGUAUCCUUCGCUCGGACCGCCGUGACGCGGUCGUCCAGCGCGCCCUCAUGGAGGUCAACAGGGCCAGGCUGAGGAAGCGGGACGCCCAGAGGCUGAUAGUCGGUGCGGUGGCUCUCGUGGUCGAAAAGACAAACGACGUUGAGGCCGGCAUCCGCCCCAGCGAGGGCAUCAUCGGGUACCUCGAGCGCUCGGCCGACUUCUCUCCCGUGUCCCGGGCCAUUGGCACCGAAGUCUGGGCCGAGCUCAUCUUCCAGAUCGCCGAGGCCCGCAACAAGUACGAGCGCCAGACCCCACAGGCGCAGAAGGACGCCGGCAGGGAUCAGCUGACGGCCCUCGCCUUUGCCAUCGACGACCUGCUCGACGCCGCCGGGAGUCGCUGGGACUGGAUGUCCCUCGAGUUCUACGUCUACCCUCAUCUGGAUGAUAACGAGGGCAAGGGCAAGGGCAAGGGCGAGGACCUCCCGCGGCAGAUGGGGGGGCUCAACCUUCGUGAUGCCAGGUCGGAGAAGGAGGACGGGGAAGAUAAGGACCUCCCCCGGCCGCUGGAAGGGCUCAGGCCUCUCGACGCCGACGGAGAUGUCCAGAUGUGGACGUGA